AAAAUCAAUUGUCAACUACAGUGUCUUCGCUUUGUGUGUGUUAUUCCGCCUGAUUUGUGAAAAUAAUAAAUUAUAGAUCGCAGGAAAAGUUAAAUUGGCUGUCGAUUGAUUGAUUGAAAAAACUAAAAUAGUUUUGACUUAUUAUAUCACAUUAAUAUUGAAAAUGGUUUUGACUAAGGAAUUCAGGAUCUGUAUGCCGAUGACGGUGGAAGAGUAUCGGAUUGGUCAGCUGUACAUGAUAGCUCGGCAUAGCUUUGAGCAGUCCAGUAAUGGAGAAGGAGUGGAAGUAGUGGCCAAUGAGCAGGUCACUGAUGAGGUCAAUGGAGUUGGACAGUAUACUGAGAAGAGAAUCCAUCUGUCUAGCCACUUACCUUAUUGGGUCCAGUCUAUGAUACCAAAAAUAUUUUAUGUCACUGAAAAAGCAUGGAAUUAUUACCCUUACACUAUUACAGAGUAUACAUGCUCCUUCAUCCCUAAAUUUUCUAUCUCUAUUCAAACAAGAUAUGAAGAUAACAAUGGCACUACAGAAAACUGUUUGGGCAUGACACCAGAGGAAUUGGAACAGCGAGAAGUAGAUUUCCUAGACAUUGCAUAUGAUGAGAUCAAGCCACACCACUACAAGGAGGCUGAAGACCCAAAGUUCUUCAAGUCACAGAAGACUGGCCGAGGUCCUCUCGUGGAAGGCUGGAGAGACUCCCACCAACCCAUCAUGUGCUGUUAUAAGGCUGUUAGUGUCAAGUUUGAGGUGUGGGGCCUUCAGACUAGAGUGGAGGAGUAUGUCCAAGGAGCUAUUCGCGAAAUUUUAUUGCUUGGUCAUCGGCAAGCCUUCGCGUGGAUGGACGACUGGUUCAAUAUGACCAUAGAGGACGUGAGGGAAUAUGAGCGCGAGAUGCAAGCGAAAACCAAUAUCAAGUUGAAAAUCAAUACAGAGGCGGUUGAAGGUUCAGGCGAAGAUAAGAACUCAGAGUCUUCUAAACCCCAAACUCCUAAGACUCCGAAAUCGCCGAAGAGUACGAGUAGCACUCCCACUGCUGAAGGUCGGUCGUGGUUCAACUGGUCUUAAGUUUACCAACAAGAAGGGCUUGAAUAUCGCUAAAGAGAUAACACGUGUAGUCAAAUGCUAUCUCUUUUAUGACUUGUUUAAUUAUCGACAGACAAGUGAUUACAAGGCCAUUACAGAUUGGCGGCAGUCUGUGUCCAUAAGGUCAUGUUAUGCACACUCCUAAGUUACGCGUGUCUCAUGGAAGAAUAAAUUUGUUUAAACUAUCCUUUAUAGCUUGAAAAAUAUGAUAUUUAUUGUAUGUUGAGACGUUUUUCAAGCCCUUCAGAGUGACGUUGAUUUUGAUCUCAUCUUGCUGUCACGACAAGGUUUGAUUUUGUCGACUUGAUGUGUUCACCUAUUGCCUUCGAAGUUAUAUCUUCCAUUACAGUCUUUCUUUAUGAUUUCCCAGUUAAUACAUAUUAGAGAAUUUUGUUCCUAGUUGUUUUACGUAUUAAGUUAUACUCAUGUUCGAAUGGUGUUAGUUAGACAAUAUUAUUUAAAACUUAAGGGAUACUUUAUACUAUAAAUUAUAGUUGAAACCUGCUUAAUAACUAUUAGUAAUGGCGAGUACGAAAUUUCCAAUGACCAAUCCUCAAAAAUGAAGGUGUACAGGUGCCUUUGAAUGACCUCGAGAGUUUUCCUAAAACAAAUACCUAUUGUAAAUAACACAAAUACCUAUUGUAAGUAUUCCAUAGGUAUAUGAUGUUAUUAUCCCUCGUGUUGGACGAGAACUUCUGGCCACAGGACGUGGUGUUCCGUCGCUUCCGCGGACAAGUGCCACAGGACCGCACAGUGACAUAGUGCAUAAGGAAGUGCUACUAACAUAGUUUUAAGUUUUUAUUUACUAACAAUUUUGUAUAACAUAUGUAUGCUAGUUUUAAGGUAUUUAUCUAUGGGCCUUGGAUGCCUGAAAAUAAAGGUGAUUUGAUUUGAUUAUAUAUUUCCAUGGACAUGUUUUCAUUUAUUAAGGUGACUGUUUUACAUAACUCUGAUUUUAAGUUUCUUUUGCUAAACUGACUUUAUGGUAUUGGAAAUUAAAGGCACCUCCGACAAAACUGAAAAUUAUGAAUAACAAAAACAAACUAUUGAUAUACAGUCGUAUUUUUGGAUAUUGACUUUGACAUGGACAAUCGUUUCCAAAAUAACAAUUUAUUGUAAGAAUAUCCAUGUAUGUUACUAAUAUUAUUAUUAUUUUCUUCUAUAUUAUAAACGACCUAAAAAAAUAAGACUCAACUUCAGUAAUAAUAUAAGCGAUUUUUUACUGUUUUACUGACGAAAAUACUUAUCUGACUGCUGAAACCCCUUAGGGUAACUAUAUUCCUAUAAUACAUUCUUAAUAUUAAUUUUCAUAUAUAUUAUUAUGUUUCUAUGUGUUUUAGAUAUCUUUAUGUUAGAUGUUGUAGUUGUUAUUAGUAUAUUGUCAUUACUGUGUGUUAGUAACCUUUCAAAAGGCCUUUACUUAGAAAAUGGUUGUAUUUAUAGUUAUCGGCACGAAUCUUGAGCGCUGACCUUCAUCUGCGCAGAAGUGAUUUAUUAGCAAAGAACCAAUCCCGAGUGACGGCUAUGACGCGAUACGGGCCAAUCACCGCUUUACAACGCCCCCGCGCCUCACUUCAUACCACUAAAGGGACCCAAUAAAUUACUUCUGCGCAGGUGAAUGUCAGCGCUCAAGAUUCGUGCCGAUAUUAUUAAGUAAUGUCGAAUUAUCUACAGAAGUGUAAUAUGUAAGAAACAAACGGGUAUGUCGAGUAACAUGGACAAAUAUCAUAGUUACGUCUAAGAAUAUGAUUUGGUAAUGUAAGCUGUAGUAAUAUGCGUGUUAUGUGUGCAAUAUACCGUUAAAUGUUUUAUUGUUUUAGAUAUAUAAAAAAUAUUGAUAAAAGGUUUCCUAACGUAACUGAGGAAUCUACCAAAUAGAUGACUAAUGCUAGAUUUCUAUAACCUAUCCUGUAAUUUGUGAUUGGAGAUUUAGCUAAAUAUAAAUUACCUAUGAUAUGCUACAAUCUCUAAUCGCAAAACAGAACAGAAGUUAUAGAAAUCUGCAUAUAAUCUGACUCGACGUAAAAAUAAAUAUUUAAAAACAAGUUGAGCUUGAACCUUGAACAAAUGUUUAAAUAUAUAAUUGCUUUAUCGCCGAGAGAAAUAUAUUUAUACUCCUGAGAUAUUAAGUACAAAAUAAGUGAUCAUUGUUACUAGCGGGCCAACACCAUGCCAUCGUGCCAUAUUGUUUAUUGGCAUUGCUAAUGUCGAUGAUUGAUCUGUCUCUCAUCUCGCGUCUAUCGUACUUUCUAGAAUACGUACAAGUCUUGGCGAAUGGGUAUUUGCUCGUUCAAGGGAAUAUUUCAGUACUUUGUGUUGGUGUUGGCUCGCCUAUGUUUGUGUGCGGUUUGUUUGAAGUUUCCUCCAUUAGCUCCUAGUGUGCGCUUGUUAGCUCGGAAUUAGAUUUAUUAUUUUUACUGUGAACUCUUAUGAACUUUGUUUAAGCUACAAAAAUGUAUUGAAAUUAUGGCGUCCGCAAAAAAACUAUUGUAAAAUGUUAUCUUUUAUAUUAUUGUACAUAUUGGGAUUAUUAGGUCACAACCAAACGGCUAUAAAUACUACUUACGUACAUUUGCGAGUUAUGUUCUGAAUGUAACCUAUCGCUUGAUGUUUGAUGUACGAUAACUUAUGUGUUGUCGGUGAAAUAUAAUGAUUGUUUAUCAUUA